AUGGGUGACCUUCGUUUCUCUUCCUCUUCCUCUGGUUCUCAGGACAACAGGACCUUCAACAUCGACCCCUACACCCUGGUCGAGGCCCUUCUCGGCCAGAAGCUCGAGAAGCCCUCAGAUGGGCUUCAGGCCGACUACGAAGAGGUUCCCGAGGUGACGCCCAUGUCCUCUCGACGUGGCAACAAGAUGCACCCCGACUCUCCUCCCAAGGACAUCAACGUCGGAGCUGUCAACCCUUAUGCUCUUUGCGAGGCUCUCAUUGGGCGCAAGAUUGACAAAUACUCGCCGACCUCGGCCACCAUCCUGUCCAAUGUCUUGCAGACGGAUUACGAUGAGCUCUUCGACAUGAAGCACAACUCUGUGCUCUUUGCUGGACUCAAGCUCGAUGAGAAGGACCGCAAGGCGGAGCGACUCAACGAGAAGGACAUGAAGAUCCUCAAGGAGCGUGAUCUCAUGACCCCUGAUCUCUCCGAGAUGGAGAGGCUCGACGAUCUCGAGCACCUCGGCCUCAAGGACUUUGCCAAGAUGAAGGUCAAGAUGGCCCGCAUGCAGAACGGCAAGAUGCAUCUCGUCCUCAAUGCCCACUCUAUCGGCAGGACCGUGUCCAACCGCGACUUGACCAUGACCAUCAACGAGCUCGUCAGCGAGUAUCGAAAGCAGGGUGGCCACUGGAGCCCUCCCAACGGUACCUGGCGCGACAUGUACGACCGCCUGUUCCAGGACGUCAACAAGCGACUCAUUGGUGACAUCGCCAUGUUCCGACUUGGCGAGGAGAGAAUCGCCAUGCACGGCUUUGACGACCCCACUCAGGGCUGCUCGAGCAACAGCUGGCUGAUUGCUGCUCUCUUCUCCGUCUUCUGGGCUGAUCCCUCUUGCAUCAACCGGGCUACCAGGGUCCACCACGACCAGAACCAGAAGAGGAAGCUUGCUAUCAAGUUCCACGACAAGGGCGGACACAACAACUCCAAAACCGAGACUGUUGAGGUCAACUACGAGAUCCCCAUUAAUAACUCGAACAACGAGCCUAUCUACUGCCGCUCCAGCGAUGGUGCCGACAUCUGGCCUUCCCUGUACGAGAAGGCCUUUGCCAAGUGGAUCACUGGCAGCAACUCUGAGCACCCCGAUAUCACCAAGACUCACUGUGGUGACCCCGUCAAGGCCAUGGCCCAGAUCAACGGCCAGGACCCCCACUACUUCCAGACUGAGAAGCACUCUGCUUGCAGCCUCCUUGGCCUUGUCCGCCAAAACUGCGUCAACUUCAAGACCAUCAACCCCAUGACCGCCUGGACCUACGCCACCGGCGACAUGUACAAGGGCAGCAACAUCGUGGCCAACCACGCCUACUCUGUCCUCGGCUACACCUUCAAGGGUGACAAGCAGUACAUCGUCCUCCGCAACCCAUGGGGUGUGACUGAGCCCCUCGGCCUCAACAGCUAUCCCGACCUCCUUGAGCGCCUGACCCCUGAUCAGUGGCACCCCGCUGCCAUGCUCGACCACGGCGGUCUCUUUGCCCUCGAGGCCCGCGCUUUCAAGCACUGCUUUGCCUGGAUCGGUAUUGCCGACUAA